AUGAAGUAUAAUUUGCCAACACUGCUGGCCUUGUGUCAGGAUACAGGCGUAGAUUGCAAGUGGACAAGUCAAUCAAUAGACUGUGAGUUUUUUUUUUCUUUUGUUUCUUUGAGCCCUCGGAGUCUCCUUGGUGAUACGAUAAUGUUCUACUUGCUUCAUUCCAUUGGAGCGCUCAGUGCAGUGACGAGAUCUGUCAUGAGGCUUCAUGUCCUUCAUGGGGCUUCAUGGACCUUAACGACCAUGGGCUUUGGAUCAGCGGUAGAGAUCUCGCUGACAAUUGCUCUAGGUAGGAAAUCACGCUCUGGUCGCGACAAAGGACCGAUUUUUGCUGGGAAUAUACGAGAUCGACCGACAAAAAAAUUAGCCCGGCCAUCGCGACCGGGCAAACAUCCAGCACCCAAACCAGGAUCGCAAUACCGAAAAACAGCUCCCAAGAAGAACAUCUCCAACCAUUAUUUCCCAGCACAUGAUGCAGGGUUUGUUCAAUUCCUGAAACGGCAUACUUCCCCAAAGCACCAGCGAGUUACGGCUGGAGGAAGGAUCGUUCCAAUGGACCCACCAAAAGCACCCCUUCUUGGGGGAAAAUCGCCUGCCAUGAUGGCUGCGAUCAACGGUAUUGAGUCAAUUGCAGGUCACAUCUUUAUUGACGGUCAACUCAUGGCGGCAAACAAUGGACGCGCCGCUGGUCUGCAAGAGAAUGUGAGACUUAUCCAAGCAUCAACCGGAAACAGUACAGGAGAACUGUGGUCUCCGCCCAUAUUCGCCAGUGGAAUCACACAAAAAAUUGACAGUGGCUCCCAGGAGACUGUUUUUCAAGACGUUGCUCUUGAGCCUCCAUUUAUCCCAUACAUCCACGAUCCGAUUGAAGGACUUCAUGAUGAGUAUGUACCUCUUUGGGAAUUUCCGGAGUGGCAUGAGAUUGAUACUCCUGCGCCUGAUGACCGGUGGGGAAGAUGGCACUCAAUUGCCAGUGAGAUCAAUCACGACGAGGCAGCAAUCAAAAACAUGUGGAUGCAUGUGAAACACCUGGACAACUUCCCGACGCUCGACUUCUAUUCCCGAUUUGCACACUGUGUGUUGUUCUGGGGCUUGGAUACAGUUAAACAGGCUGAGCACUGGCUGAAGAACAAACUGCUUUACCAUGAGAGAUAUCUUGUGGAAGUCAAUGAGGUGAUUGCAAUGGACCCCGGAAAUGAGCCCAACAUCACUCUUUAUGCCUUGCGCGUUUACAACACCAAGGAGCGGGCAAAGCUUCUGGCUGCCAUCGAAAUCCUAGAGGCUUUCACAGAGCAGCGACUCCAGGCCCCGGUUGGGCCAAUUAUGAGCGGUGGCUCGGAUGGCGACAUGCCGACCAUCAUCAUUGAGCCCACGGGCACCAAUCGUGGAAUUGAUAUCAUCGAUCCAGAGACUGGUCGCCCCAUUGUGAUCCAGAUAUCAGAAGGCCGUGGAGGUGAGGCGGAAGGGAGCACCAAAUCGCUUACUUUCGACGGUGCAGAUGAUGGAAUUGGCAAUAAUCUGAUGACAAACAAUGUCUGGUACUACGGCAAUGCUGCAAGCCGACCAAUCAUUGAGGAUGCCGAGAAUGCUCAGAUUGUUCAAGACACUCCGGAGGACGUGACCCCACCUUCCGAAGAAUAUGGAGAUAUUUCAUGGGUUCACCAGGAAACAUGGACAGAGCAUCUUCCCUCGCAAGAUGGACACUGCUUGAGCGAAACCGUUCCGCGAAAUUUUGGUGGAAGCCCCAGUCGGUAUCGGUUAUCAUUGUCUUCCUUCUCGCAAUGUGACCAGCCCAGAACUACUCUGGAAGGAGCUAGCACCACUGGAACAGCUGGAAGCCCAAUUCCUGCUUUGAGCGCCGUGAUCAGUGUCGACGAAAAUGAGGAUGGUAACCACGUUGAAGCAGAAGUUCAGCAGAACGUGCAACCCAUUGAGAUCAAUGGCAUCAGUGAAGAGAAUGACUUGAAUUCUCAGGGCCCUAUCUUCAAUCCCCGAGAGCCACUCGUAUCCUCGGAUGUUUUCAAUAUGUUUGUGGUGAACAUUGAUGAUGUUCGUGAGAUGAAUGGAAGCAACAACACUUCAGAGGAAUCGUUUGAGGAGUCCUGCCGACAGAUCACAGGCCCAAGAACUUCCACAGAGGAGCAUCGCAGUAUAAGAAUGUUCACGAGGACCGGCCUUAGAAAUGGUACCCUAAGCUCCGACUCUGAUGAGAGUGUACCAAUCUUGUCACACCCAUAUCCACCCCACAGCUGGGAUGAAUCGGCCCACCCGGCAAUCCCUAAAAGCGACUUGAGUAUACGAUCAGGAUCAAAUGGAGAUAUGCUCAGCAGCACUGGCUCGCGUAUGAUCUCCACGACUUUGACCGCUCGUCGUUGUCGACAGAGUGCACGCGCUCGGGCAGACGCCAUCAUGCGUCAUGCUCAGACUAGUCCAUCUCGAUUAAUCUUUAACUUGAGAGAUAAGGUUCCCAUCUAUGCGGCCUUUGGUUUCGAUGCGCCAGACAGUGUGACUACCAGCGAGGCCAAUUCGCAGGUAGUCGCAUGGCUGAAAAAUACCCAAGAGCGCCAUACCGCACGGGCGGUUGUAAAUACCAGCAGGAUCAACGCUUACGCCGACCGCCGCCAAUGA